AUGCACUUCGAUGAGUUGGAUGGCAUCUUUGCAGAGGGUGUCCCCACGCGAAAUGUAUUCAACUUGGAUGAGCUGGGUAUCCAGCUUGGCGGUGGACGAAAAGGGAACCGCUCUAUUUACUUCUUUGGUGUCAAAGAUACUUCUAAGUAUCGUGCACAAGGUAGCAAUCUAGAACUUGUGACGGUUCUUGAGACCAUCUGUGCUGAUGGUACUGCUCCUAUUAAACCUUGCUUCGUCUUCCAAGGCCCUGGGCAUUGCCCUGAAUGGUAUGAAGUAGAUGACUUGAUUUCGUGCGCAACUUCUGAGAAUGGCUGGACCAAUAAUAGUUUAUGCCAAGAGUGGUUCGAGAAGUCCUUCAUUCCUCAGGCAAAGGCUCACGCAGACCCGACGAAACCCAUUGUGCUUAUC